CGGAAGUGACGCAUACACCAGCGCGCCGCACAGCCAAGUGGUGAGCAGAGGUCGUGAUGAAUCGCGUCCUAAGUGUGCGGGCUGCAGGGGCUGUCGGGGAGCUGAGGCUCGUAUUCUGGGCUUCCCGAAACCUGCAGUCUCCGCCUGGUUCCCGGGCCCGGACCCAGCCCGAGGGCGAGGAAGAGGACGACCCUAACCGCCCUAUUUUAUUUUCCUCCAGCAAAGCCCAUCCAAGCCGUUGGACUGUGGAGCAUUCCCUGGGAGGGGAGCGGCAGCGACCCUGGUUCAGGGUGCUGCCCUUAAGCCUGUCCCUUAUGGCUCUGGUCGUUUGGUGCUUCUUUAGACAGGAGACCGGCGCGGACCGCUGGUUGAGACAGGUAUUAGAAGAAGAGGUGCCGGAGCCCAGCGAUCGUGCUGAGGAUCCUGGAAUUCCGGCUGCCCACGGAGCGAGAACUUAAAAGUGGCGCCCUGGUGAGGGGGCAGCAGGGGACCAGUCCGCCGCUCUUUGGCUUUGACGUCGCGUUUGACCGUUUCUGUCGUGGUUACGUGCGUCAGCAGAUUGAAGGAUUUGUUUGGAUGGCGCAUCUGACCACGCUGACCCGCGGGAAGGAGAGAGCAAAAUGUCCGCAGAUCGGAACCGGUUCCUUGCUUGAUACCUGAUGCUGAACGGAUAUAUUCAAAUACUUUUUGAACCAUAGAAAAGGUUUUGGUUGCAGCGUGUGCAAUGGUAUUUGUGAUUUUGCUCAAUAUUUUAUCACGUUCCCAAAGCAAUUCUGGCGACACUUGUAAGCCAGUUUGCAGGUCUUUUCUUUUCUGAGACAGAAUAACUGGCAGAAGAGUUAAACUAUUUCAUAAUGUACUAUGGUGUGUAUAAAUUUUAAUUUGCUAAUAUAGAAUUAAGCUAAUAUCCUCUUUUUUGCAUCUCUUUAGUUCUUUUUCAGUUCCUUUGUUUUUCUCUUUUUUCCCCCCAGAAUAGGAACUGAGGGAAAAAAACUAAACAUAAAUUGUGGAAUACAUUAUCAGACGAUACCAGAAAUAAUGGAACUUAGCUCUCUGCAAGUUUUUGUUUUUAGUAAGGCAACAGCUUUGUGAAUAGAACUGAUACAUACUCCUUUUGACAAAUUAUAGGCAGUGUUUUGGGUGUCUAAAUAUGUUUUGCAAGUACUUCUUAGGAAUCUUGCAUAAGUCUGAAAUACAUGGUGCAUAAAAGCAAGACUUUAUUUACAUAAGGUUCUAGUGAAGGGUUUUACCUUGGCAGGUGUAUGAUGCUGAAGUUAAUUAGAGGGUUUUCUCACCAGGGUGUUUUAAGACCACUGGCCCUAUGGCAGUACAUUGGCUUGUCACAAGGCCUCUGCUGAAUUGCUCUAAGUAUCUGGCACACCUUGGGGAAUUCUGCUUGUCAGGGAGGAGAGGCUGAUACAAGUAUGUGCAUUUUUUAAAGAUGGAGAGUCCAAGGUUUGGAAAGACUACCCCCAGUCAUAGCUCAAGUUCCAUUGUCAGUUGCAGUGGGUUCUUUGACCUGGUGUGUGAACUCUUUUUUUUUUUAGAUUUAUUUAUUUUUAGAGGGGAAGGGAAGGAGAAAGAGAGGGAGAGAAACAUCUGUGUGGUUGCCUCGCACACGCCCCCCCUACUGGGGACCUGGCCUGCAAAGCAGGUAUGUGCCCUGGCUGAUCAUUGAACUGGUGACCCUUUGGUUUGCAGGCCGUACUCAAUCCACUGAGCCACGUGAACCAGGACUGAACUCUUGUUUGAGCAACAGGCAUGCAAACCUGAACCCUUUCUUUGCUCUCACUUGCUCCUGCGGGAGAAAAAGUCGAUUAAUGAGAAACUUUUUAUUUUAAUUAAAAGUAACUCAAGAGAAAAGCAAUUGAUCUGGUAAAACUAGACACUACAACAGGCAAAAGGAAGAGAGAACACAUCACACCAUGUGCAACAGAUCCUGGGUGCCUCCAGGGUGGCUAUGAAUGAGGACUUUCCUGGGUUUUGUCAUGAAAAAAAGCAGGACCUAAGGCCCACCUGCAAGUGUGGACAGACCCUCCCAAUACCUGGAUUUUGCAAAGGGGUAACAGCAGAAUAGGUAGACAGGUGAACUGUAAUUGAAAUACUUUUAUUACUUAACCAUUUUUGUAGUAUGCUUGUCUUAUUUCCCCUACUGGGCUGUAGAUUUUAUUUUUCUCAGGGUGCUGGGGACAUUCACUUCCUCAGGUAAGCACCCAAUAAGGAUUUGGGAGGCAGAGGACGAGUGUAAGCGUGCUAGAGCAGAAGCAGUUGCCAUGAUGAGAAAUUAUUGGGCAGGAGGAGAAAAUUGUUUCAAAGAGAAUUAAAGGAAAAGGAGGUUAACUAAAUGGUCUCCCAUAUUUCAAACAGCUGAGUAGUGUUGGAAGGUUCUGGGAGUGCUGUGCAUCUAUUUACCCCCCUGCUCCAGAAGUAAGAUACUUCUAAAUUUAGUGUGAUGUCAUUUCAUAUGCCUAGGUACUACUGUAGCCUUUUAAGAACAGUCUUCAAAAGCACAAAAAAUUACACUGAAUUUUAAUAAUAGCCUAGCAGAAUUUUCUUGGAUCUCUUCCAAGAAGAUGCCUGGCGGGUGAGGAGAAACAGUGGGCAUCUUGGUACUCCCAUCUCUGUAGCAAAGAUCUCCAGAUUUUAAGACCUUGAGCCCCAGCUUCCUUUUCUGAGCUCCAAGUGCCUCGCUAUACAUCUCUCUUAGGUUCCAAAUGGGAUUCAUCUCUUCCCAAACCUGUUUCUUUGUUAGGUAUCCCUUCCAAGCCGGGGACCUUGAAAUUACCUUAGACUUCUUGCUCAUUCCCCUGUUCCUGGCAGUCUGUAAGAUCUCUUCCCUUCAACAAAUUCGUGAGCCCUAUCCUCUGCUUCAUUUUCCUGCUUGAUUUUCUUAGAAAUUAUCAUGCUGAUUUUUUUUUUUUUUUGCCAUUUCCCAGGUUUAAAUGUGAUGCUUGUAGAGGUAAUGAUUCAUUUAGAAAAUGAACAUAAAAAGCAACCGAUAGCUUUUAUUUUAUUGUGUUAUUGUAGUUCAAAAAGUAAUUUACUUACUUGAGAAAAAUAUAUGGAACUGUUAUAUCUUG